AUGGCGACAUUAAAGGAAGUGGCCUUGCUAUACUCUCCCUUAUCAACUGACCACCGAGAUGAGAUCGAAGAAAAGACAGACGAUGAGAUCAUGGAAUACAAAGGAUGUACGAUGUCCACUGAAUCGAUUUCACGGAGUUCAAACUGCACAAGCAUUGGCCUUCAUGCAUGCGCAGUUGAUAUCAGACGUAACGUAUUAGAAGCAAACUCUAUCACAUCUUUACCUUCGAGUCUUCUCGAGACAUCAUCCGUAAAGACAUCGGCAUUAUCCGGAACGAAUCGGAAACUCUCUCUCAAUGACUCUUCGAGCAAACUCUUCGACUCGCCUAAUCGAAAAGCUUCGAUUCCCUUUGACAUUGGUCGGAAGAUUUCGCUCCAUGACAUCUCAGUCCCUCCUAAAACUUCGUAUUCUUCUCGGAAAUCUUCGUUGCCAGUCGGUGUUGACCGAAAGAUUUCUCUUGGAGACUGCAACAGUUUGAUCACCUCAUCUCGCAAAACGUCGUUGGCAUUCGAUCAAGAUCGGAAGAUUUCGUUGAACGAUAGUAUCAGCUCGGUCACUUGCCGAAUUUGUCUCGAUGGAGAAAUCCCUGGAGAACAACUUGUUAAUCCGUGUUUAUGUACAGGUAGUGCGAGUCACGUGCAUAUCACGUGUUUGAAAAAGUGGCUGAUGACCUCCGGAAGUAAUAUUUGUGAACUCUGUCAAUAUGAGUUGGAUGUUGGUUGGAAGUCAACAUCGAUGUGGAAGGCGCUCAAGGAGCUUUCAAACGUGCGUAUGACCAAUCGUAAGAUAUGUUGGGCAUUGCUAGUCUCCAUCUCAGCCCUCACACUACCCCUUUUCUGUAUCUGUAUAUUUGUUUUGGAUGAUGAGGAUUUAAGACUACAACUCAGCCAACCAGCCAGUAUAGCCGUUUCCUAUGGUGUGAUAUUAAUUUCCUGUGCUGCCUACCUCACCCUCCUAUUCAUGGUAGCAUACCUGACCUGGAAAUGGGACUUCUGCCCGAGUAUGUCACGAUGUCACUUCCCAACCGAGAUCGAAAUCCGUGUCGAAAGUCUGGAGGAGAGGUUAAAACGAGGACGAACACGAAGAGAUGGUUACUACAGAAACGCCACGCCCAUUCUUAACCAUGACGGGAAUGGUGAAGAUGGUCGAAAUGAUGGUUUUAUGGAUCCCUACUGGAUGAACGGGGGAGGGUAUAUCUAAUAUUAAACUCGAUUACUAGCACUGAUGGUGUUUUUUGGAUCCUUACUGGAUGAACGGGGGAGGGUAUAUCUAAUAUUAAACUCGAUUACUAGCACUGAUGGUGUACUAUGGGGAGGGCAAUCAAAUGGAUGAUAACCCAUUUGGACGGACAAUUUACCACCUCAUGAUGGAGCUAUAACGAAUGUGCAAUCUCCUAUUUUUAUAGAUCAACAUUUUUUAUUGGAGUAAGCAAGUGAGAUAAAAUGCAUGUACUGAAAUGGGUAUACUCCGGCCAGUUAUUAAUUGGUCUGUUCAUUAUAAUCAUUUCAUGUUACUUUACUUUCCUGUAUGGGAACACCUACAAGGACUAUGUAGCUGUUUAUUGACGGGUCGCCUGUUCGUGUGUGUUUCUUAUUGCAAUACCCAAAAUUGACUAAUAAAAUUGAAUUAUUUUACACAUAGAGUGAAGAGGGUGACAAUCACCUCAUUCGCUGAAGUUUUAACUGCAUCGAAAUUAAAAAGUUAGUUAAACAUUAUUUCGAGAGUUAUUUCAAAAGCUUUUUAAAAAAAAAUCCAACCCAAAUAAAAAUUUGUUUUGAGAAAAAAAUUAAACAAUUAGAUAAAAGAAAGUUUGAACAAUAUCGGUCAAGGUUCAAGGUCAACCAAAAGGAAAGUUAUGAAUUUAAAAGUUGUAACAGUUAGUAAUCACUAUUCCAGUGGAGACUUCAAAUUGGACGCUUUGGCGACGUCAUAGUCAUCGUUUCAAAAAUUUUACUUUUACUUUUAAUUGUGUUUUUCUUUCAUGAGGACAGAAAAAAAUUUGCUACCUUAUAUUUUUAUUACCACCCGGGGGAAAUUUGUACUUCCAGAAAACUUCAAAUCCCUGUUAAUUAGUAGUACAUGGCCUAUUGGAAAGUCGUUCCUAUCACCUGUCAUAAAAUUACUUAUCCAGUUUGUAAUUUGAAGUUCACAUAGUCUUAGGAAUCGCAAUUUUAAAACAACAAUAUUAUUUUCUUAUUUAGCGUUCUGUUUUCUUAUUUUUCCUCUCUUUAAUUCACAUAAAAUUGUAUGUCCAAGGUUGGUUUCCACUAGGCUUUAACAGUUACAUUUUUAAUUCAUAUAAGUUUUUGUUUUUUCUUGUUUUUAUCCCCUCCUCCUCUUUUCUUUCUUUCUUCCUUUCCUUUUUUUAAGGGGGUGGGGUGGUGUCAAUGAACACAUGUUUCUGAAUAAUUCUAUGGUAACCAUAUCUGGUAAGGACAACCUGUUCGUACUAUGACACCAACUUUCAUGAAACGGAUCCCAUUCCGAAGUUCUGUUUGAUAAUGAUAUUCGCAUGUGUCUUCCAUUAUUGUCUACAGAAAUUUUGAAUCAAUAAGUGAGUGUUACAUGUUACCCUUUUGUUAUAAGAAUUACCAUUAUUUGAUACAUGAUGCAUAUACAAUGACGUGAUGUGUAUGAUGAUUAAUUUCAUUCAGAGGCAUACAUAUUAUUAUUGCAUGUUCGCAACUAUAAGUAUACAUGUAAAUAAAAUGACGACUAGUCUCAUAUUGAUCAAAAUCCAUGUCUAGGUUAUAAAAUGUUUUUUGCGUGUAUGUUUUAAGGAGUACAUAUUAUUGCAGGGGGAAGGGGCAAGAUGGCCAAAUAUAGGGUUUGAUUUAUCAACAAUAAAGGAAGUGAGUUGCUUUGACCAAGUA